AUGUCCAAAUUCCAAUGUACAACGUGUAAUGAGGUGCUAGAUGCAGAUGCCAUGAUGAAGCAUCUGUCAUCUACUAGGCAUAAAACUGUGAUAGACGCCCAUAGUGAGGAAGAAGUAUGUUGCGAAGAUUGCCAAAACUCUAAUAUACAUCAGUUGCAAAUUAUUAGAUUUGGUGGUGAAGAUAUGUCAUUACUAUGCACCCCGUGUUUGAACAAGGAAUAUGCGGCUUCUGAAAGACCAAGUACUGCAUAUUCGUUAUCCAACGGAUCUCUUUUGAGAUUUUGGUCCACUUAUUUGAAGGUGAGAGAUUGUUGCUGUGAAGAAUGUGGCAACGAAUCUCAUUUAAAUGUAAAUUCAAAGAAGCAGGUAGUUUGUAAUGAUUGUUUGAGAAAUAAGCCAGAAUCUGUGGCAAAAACUUUCAUAUCUGAGGAUAGUAGUAGGUUUUUAUAUUUAUUUUUGGGUAUUAAGGAGACUAAUAAUGCUAAGAGUUUUAAGAAGAAAGGUGGUAGACGAUUGGGUAGAGGUAAAAAGGGUAAAAAGGACGCUGGAAAUGCUAGAAAGCCAAGAGAAAAGAAACCACUUACAGUGCAUCAACAAUUGGCCAAGAAAGCUUAUGAGAACAAGAAGUCUAAUAAUGCGAUUGAAGGUGAUAGUUCUUUAAGUUUAAGAUCAUUUAAAGGGCACAAGGCAGCUUCGGGGCCUGACCAGAUCAAAGAAAGCAUGUCUAAUGCGAAGACUGGGCCACCUACGAGAGGGAAGCAGCAUAGUAAACCACAGGGCAAACCUCAGGGCAAACCUCAAGGUAAACCUCAGAGCAAACCUCAGGGUAAACCUCAGGGCAAAUCUCAAAGCAAACCCUCGAACAAGACAGAUGCAAAAUCACAGAGUACACCAGGGGGUAAGCCUCAGUCAAAUCCCCAGGCAAAGUCAGGCAAGCAGCCCACCACAAACGACAAAUCAUCAGCUAAUGGGAAGAAUUCGAGAUCAACAGCAGCUACCUCUAAUAUAAAGGAAAACACAUCAAAGUCCAAUGAAUCGAAACCCAAACAAAAUGCAUCCGAAGGUGGUAGGGCGAAGAGACAGCAGCCAAACAGUGGUAAGACAAAUGAUGGCAAGCCAAAUGGCGGUAAACAAAAUGGCGGUAAACCAAGUGCUGGUAAGCCAAGUGCUGGUAAGCCAAGUGCUGGUAAGCCAAGCGCUGGUAAGCAAAAUAGUGGUAAGCCAAACGAAGGUAAACCAAAUGGUAGAAAGUCAAGUGAGACAGGUAAUGGCAAUUCAAAAUCGCAAUCUCCACCCACUGCGGAACCGACACCUAAUGUCGAAUACGAAGAAGGUGAGCCUCUUAGAGAGAUGUCCAAAUAUGUCCCCAAAUUGACUUAUUCCGAUCCUGAUGAUUAUUUCAACACUUAUUCGUAUGCACUUUAUCUGGAAGAGAAAUUGCAAAACAGGUUCUUACAAAACUUUCAAAUUACUUGGCCAAAUAACGAUAAAGAAACCGUCUUUGUCGUCAAGAUCGACAUUAGUAACAAUACUGAACUGGAAAGACUUUUACCGAAAAACUCAUUAAAAUUGGGACGUCCACCAUUUGUCAAUUUACAACCAUUGGUCCUAGCGACCCAGGAUGAAUCCAAAGUUUGGUAUACAUAUGUCAAAGAGUUCCAAAUGAAUCGCCGUGACAUUACGCUGUUAUUAGCAUUAUACCCUUGGAAUAAAAUCAAACUGCCAAUAAAACAUUCGAAUGAUCAAAUGAAGAUCUUACCGUGUGGAGCUCAAACGAGCAGAAUUUAUUUUGCAAUGACUCGUGCCAAAAAUCCACGUUUUAUCGAUUUAAUCAUGGGUCAAAAACCCAUUAAACAGAUAAGCUUUACGAACAGAUUGAAUUAUUCAAAGGACAGUUUCAAUGAGUCCCAAAAGAGUGCAAUUCAACACGUUCUAAACAACAGUGUCACAGUACUGCAGGGACCACCGGGUACAGGUAAAACUAGUACUAUUGAAGAAUUAAUCAUUCAAAUGAUUAGGAAUUUUUCGUCAUGGCCUAUCUUAUGUGUUGCUGCAUCCAAUAUUGCCAUUGAUAACAUUGCAGAAAAAUUCAUCGAUAACAAAGAUAGCAUUAGAAUUCUUAGAAUUGUUUCUGAUUCCAAAGAAUCACAAUAUAACAAGGAUCAUCCUUUGGGUAAAAUUUGUCUUCACAAUAUCGUUAAUGAUCAACUACCACCGCAAUUGAAAGAAGUUCAACAUAAAUUGCGUACAGGUAAAUCUCACGAGGUUUCGAAAAAUCAGUACAACAAUUUGUCCACUGCUCAAAAUCAAAUUGCUGAUCGUUAUAUCAUGCAGGCUCAAAUCCUUUUCACAACCACCAUUACCGCCGGUGGUCGCCGUUUAAAGGCUAUUAAAGAACUACCCGUUGUAAUUAUGGAUGAAUCUACACAGUCUUCAGAAGCCGCCACCCUAGUGCCAUUAUCACUACCAGGAAUUCGUAAGUUUGUGUUUGUGGGUGAUGAGAAACAAUUGUCUAGUUUCAGUCAGAUCCCACAGCUAGAAAUGUCCUUGUUCGAAAGAGUUUUACUCAAUGGCUGUUAUAAGAACCCUCACAUGUUAGAUACUCAAUACAGAAUGCAUCCUAUCAUAAGUGAAUUUCCUCGUCAAAGAUUUUACGGCGGUCUAUUGAAAGACGGUGUCACGGAAGAACAGAAAAAUUGGCAAUCUAUCAAAUAUCCUCUGUUCUUCUUGAGAUGCGAUCUGGGUGAUGAGACUAAAGUCACCAAUUCUCACAAUGGUCUACGUGGAUACACUUAUACAAACAAGCAUGAAUGUCAGCUAUUGCUCCAAAUGGUCUACAAAUUAAUUUUGGACAAGCAAGUUUCUCGGGACCAGAUUGGUAUCGUAACACCUUAUUCCGCUCAAAGAGAUGCGAUUUCUGAACUUUUGGUGCAAGAUCGUAUUGUUAAUCCCCAGGGACUUGCUAUGGAACAAGAGAUUGAUGAGAUGGAUCCAUUUGAUGCAAUGGCAGGAAGCAAGAAAAACAGCAUUAAUAUCGUUAACGAUAUCUACAUCGCCACAGUUGACUCAUUCCAAGGUCAUGAAAAGAACUUUAUUCUGUUUUCAACUGUAAGAAACAAUCCUUUGGGCAAAAUUGGUUUCGUUAACGAUGCAAGACGUAUGAAUGUUGCGCUAACAAGAGCUAAGAAUGGUCUAAUUCUCGUUGGUAAUGACCACACAUUACGUAAUGGAAGUGAUCUGUGGAAGGACUAUAUUGACUAUCUGAACUCACGUCAAUUGAUCUUUACAGACUUGAGCGGCUACUGA